AUGGCGCGCAGCGUGCUGCACCAGCUGGCGGCCAGUGCCGCGCUGCUGCUUGCCAAUGCCGCGGGCCCGGCAUGCCAGCCCGCGGCGGCGAGCGCCGCUGCAGACGGCGCCGAGCGUGUGGCCACCUCGUGCCGAGGCUGCGUCGCCGCCAUCUCGGCCAUCGCGUCUGGCAAGACGGCGGCGCUCGGAGAGCAGCAGCUGGGGUGCGGCGUGUUGUGGGGCAGCGACGGCUACGUGGUAGUGCCCUAUGCGCCGCUCACGCGGCUCAGCAGGCAGGGCACCGCAGGAGACCCGCAGGUCUUUGUGACUGUGACGGCGGCAGACGGCAGCAGGCAGCGGCUGCCCGCGGACAUCGUAGCCAAGGACCCAUCCCACGAGCUCAUAGUGCUGCAGGUGGCGCCGCCCGACGGCGGCCUGCGGCCCGCGCCGCUGGGCGCCUCGGCGGGGCUGCGGGUGGGGCAGGAUGCUUACCUGCUGGCCACCCAGCCAGAUGCAGAGCUGCUGGUGGCGGCAGGCAAGCCGCAGCACGCGCCCCAGCGGCGCGUCAUCUCCGCCGUGGGCCGCGUCAUCCCCGCCUCCAACAACCAGGCCAUCGGCGGCAUACUGCAGACAGAUGCGCAGGUAUCGGCGGCCAGCCUGGGAGGAGCGCUGGUGGACUCGGCGGGCCGCCUGGUGGGCAUGCCGGUGGUCGCCUACGGCAAAGGCCCCGGCCACAGCAGCGGCGUGACCUUUGCGCUGCCGGCAGACCUGCUGCGCGAGGUGGUGCCGCGGCUGAUUGUGUACGGCAGCGCCGCGGUGCGGCGGUGA